CUCGUUUGAGUGUGUUCCAUCAUGCCUGAACCGGCCAAGUCCGCUCCUGCUCCGAAGAAGGGCUCCAAGAAGGCCGUUACGAAGGCCCAGAAGAAGGACGGCAAGAAGCGCAAGCGCAGCCGCAAGGAGAGCUACUCCAUCUACGUUUACAAGGUGCUGAAGCAGGUCCACCCGGACACGGGCAUCUCGUCCAAGGCCAUGGGCAUCAUGAACUCCUUCGUCAACGACAUCUUCGAGCGCAUCGCCGGUGAGGCUUCCCGCCUGGCGCAUUACAACAAGCGCUCCACCAUCACGUCCCGGGAGAUCCAGACGGCCGUGCGCCUGCUGCUGCCCGGGGAGCUGGCCAAGCACGCCGUGUCCGAGGGCACCAAGGCUGUCACCAAAUACACCAGCUCCAAGUAAUUUGGAGAUGCUCAGACCGGGGAUCUCUCCGUGUCCCCCCACACACACAACGGCUCUUUUCAGAGCCACCUACUUCCCUCACUGAGAAAGGGCUGAUGGCACGACU